AUGGCGGAGUCGGUGCCGCCCCAAAGGCUCUCAUGUGCACGUCCUGUUUGCCUACAUGUUGUAGAUGGUAGUGAUGAUUUAUAUUUUAAUCCUUUAAACUCUCAGAAUUACACGCCGGAUCUGAAUAAAGCGGCUCGUAUUGUGAAUAAUCCGACUCAGAGAAAGUGUGUGCGUUUCUAUUGUUCAGACACACGCUCUUUAGGGAGGUGGUGUGUGUGCGCGUGCACGAUCAUCCCGGGACAAAGAGAGACGCGCUCAGCGGAGACGCCGCAGCCUCGCUUCUCCUCCUCUUUAACCACUGAUAAAGUGUCUCGCAGCGGCGACUCCGUGUUUGUAAAGAUGAUGAAGAGGAUGAAGAUGACGCUGGUGUGUGUGAUCGCGCUGUGGGGCGUCGCGGGCGGCGCGAAGAGCUGCGGAGAGUCACGCCGGGUUUAUGGAGAGAGACACAGCCUGGACACCGCGCCGCACGCGCGCAUCAGCGGGGAACACCUGCGUGUGUGUGCUCGCGACUACACCUGCUGCUCCAGCGAGAUGGAGGACGCGCUCGCGCGGCAGAGCCAGGCGCACUUCCUGUCCGCGGUCCGAGACACCAGCCACUUCCUGCUCGCCACCUUCACUCAGAGACACCGCAGGCUGGAUGAGUUCUUCCGUGAGCUGCUGGAUGUGGCGGAGAGAUCGAUGAACGAGAUGUUCACACACACAUACGGUCACCUGUACACACAGAACGCUCACAUGUUCCAGCAGCUGUUCACUGACCUGAGGCGCUUCUACACGGGCCGCACUGUGAGUCUGUCUGAGGUUCUGGCUGAUUUCUGGGCAGGGUUAGUGGAGCGCAUGUUUUCUCUGGUCAACCCUCAGUAUGAGUUCAGUCAGGAGUAUCUGGAGUGUGUCAGCAAACACGCCGAGCAACUACAGCCAUUCGGAGACCUGCCACAGAAACUGCACACACAGGUGUCUCGAGCGCUCACUGCGGCGCGGGCGCUAGUUCAGGGUUUAGCUGCCGGCAGAGACAUCGUGAACAAGGCGACGGAGCUGACGGUCGGAUCGGAGUGUGUUCGGGCGCUGAUGCGGCAGUGGUUCUGUCCUCUGUGUCGUGGAUCUCCGUCACUCAAGCCCUGCCAUUCGCUGUGCCUGAACGUCAUGAAGGGCUGCCUGGCCAAUCAGGCCGACUUAGACUCGGAAUGGAACAAUUUCAUUGACGCUUUAAUGCUGCUGGUGCAGAAGCUCGGCGGGCCGUUCCACUUGGAGUUGGCCACGGACUCGAUCGCAGUAAAGGUGUCUGAAGGCAUCAUGUUCAUGCAGGAGAACAGCUUCAGCAUCUCUGCAAAGGUGUUUCAGGGCUGUGGGAUUCCAAGGCCGACUCCUGCCAGGAGCAAACGCUCAUCUAGAGGGAGAGAUGAUGGCAAACCGGCCUUCAGAAGCUACAGCUCUGAGGAGAAACCCACCACCGCAUCGGGAACCAACCUGGACCGGCUGGUGGAGGAGCUGCAGGAGCGUCUGCGGCCCAUGAGGGGAUUCUGGGUAACGCUGCCUCAUACCAUCUGUAAUGAUGAACACAUGUCCGCGGACGUCACCAAUGAGGAUCGCUGCUGGAACGGGCAGACGCGCGGCCGAUACCUGCCGCCUGUGACGGCCGACGGGCUGGUGAAUCAGAUUAAUAACCCGGAGGUGGAGGUGGACGUUGCUCGGCCAGACGUCAGAACGCGGCGGUUGAUCAUGGAGCUGCGUGUGGCUGUGAACAGACUGAGACUCGCUCAGGCCGGACGAGACGCAGAGUUCAUCGACAGUGAUGUGGAGGCCGGCAGCGGGUCUGGAGGCGCAGGUGAGGCGGGCGAGCGGUUCAGUGACGACUGGCCCGGUUACGGCUCCUCCUCUCCUGCUGACAGGCUCCGCCCCCGGGACACGCCCACCAAGAGGAACCGGCUGAAUGGACGAGGCCGAUCCGAUGCUGGAAGACUCUCUCCUCCGCUGCUGUCUGUUCUUCUCUUUACGGUCUGUUUUUCACUCGGCCUUUAGAGAAGACCCGACUCUCGCGGCCCACAUGAGCACAAACACCAGCAUCAGCAGAUCAAACUGCAAGAGCGUUUUUACAUUCGUCUAUUUGUACAAAGCAAUGCUGUGCAUUUCCUAGCUCUCGCUGAAUGCUAGGUCAGCUGAUCUCAAAAUGCUGAAUUUGAAAUGAAGUUAUUUGUUCCGAUUUAAUGUGAUGUUCGACACCGUUCCUGUCAUCAUGAGGAAUGUUAGUUUAAAGCGUUGAUGAUUUUUAUUUCUGCUUAUUACCAAGUUUGUAUAACAUUGAAUGUACUGUUGUAAACUGAUUUUAUUUAUUUAUUUAUUUAACCUUAUGUACAGUGUUUGUGUACGGUAUCUGUAUGUGUGACAACCUCAAGGUUUUAUAAAUGAAACCGUGAAGGGGUAGAGGUAAAGAACAAGUCAAUCUGUUGCUCUUGAAUCUGGGAAGGUUAACAGUAGAUUUAUGCUAAAAGGAACGAUUAAAGAAAACCUUUUUCUGA